AUGACUCCGAGGUCAGGAAGUGAACUAGGAGAAAAAGAAAUUGAAAUUUGUAGUGAUAACAGUAAUAGUGACAUUAGUAACAAAGAAAAUGAGUCCUCAGAAAGUGAGUCAGAGAACAUUUUGAAUGUACGCAAAAGAAGACGUGCUCAUAUACUUUCAAGUUCUGAAAAUGAAACUGAAAGUGUACAAGCUAGUUCAAACGAAAUUUCCGUAAAUGGAACUAAGUGGGAACGAAUUCAAGAAGGGUCAGAUUCUGGGAGAUUACCCUUGCACCAUAUAUACAAAGACACAUCCGGUCCCACAAAAUAUGCAAAAAGAGGUAUCAUGGAAGAUAAAUAA